AUGUCCCGACCUUCGAGAGCGACUAGGGAACUGCCACGUUUCCGCUCCUCCCUAUGGGUCCCUAUGGACUACCAGGUCCUUCCCUUGAGGCCGCAAGUAAGGGAUAAAAACUGGCCGCUGUAUUCGGCUCACCGGGCGGUCCGUGCUAUGGCUGCUCUGGAGGACGGGUCCUACGCCGUCUCACCCAACGCCGACUACGUCCCUUCCCCUCCGCCGGGCCCGCGGGACCACGAGGAUGUUCUCUCAGAUGGUAGGAGGGGUAUAUUCGAGCCGGGAUUCCACCCGCAAUAUUGGAGCAGCGCCAGGGGCCAUCUGCCCUUCAUAUACGAGAUACCUCCUGGCGCGGAAGGAGUCGACCCUGCGUACGUCCUUCUGGAUUGCAAGAGGAAUGGACGGAGAGGUAACUUCCAUAUCCUCAACAACCAGAGCGGCAAGGGCAAGUCCGACUCGGACUUCAUCAUAGCUUUGACGGGCCUGUACGAUGCGGAACUCCUUCGGGCGGAGGGAUUCCUCUCUAGAGAUCGAGACCCGCCCAAGUCUCUGGUCCUCCGACCAGCGGACGUCAAGGAAGCUAGGUACCAGUUCGAGUACAUCGACUCCAAUCUCGAGACGGCCCGCAAGCAUGUGGCGACGAUCCAGCGCCAUUUACUGGAGCUGAGGGCGUACGCGUACCGCUCCUACCUCCAGAAAGCGUUUGACGAAGGGCGUCUUGCUGCCCCAUCUCCUAGCCUCGUCGGCGUCGGUUGUUGGGUUCGAGGGUCAGACGAAGACCUCAUCAAGCGGUUAGUAUGGUUCGGUAUCCCCGUCUGGUACUCCCGCCGUGAAGGUCCCGCAGCGUCUCAACUCCUCCUGCGGAUCCAUUCUGUCGAUGGACGUUUGUCCAAUGAACCCUGGGACGAGGAAGAGCACGGUCCUCCGCCCGAAAAAACGAAGAAGUCGUCGCGUCGCCAGAAGCAACGCGCCGCGGAAUUCCUGUCCGCUGACGAAGAUUCGGACUUCGACUGGGAGAAAUCCCGUGGCCUUCGCCGACCCGCCCCGGUCGCCGGACCGUCUCUGCCCAUGACAGUCCCCUCCGCUCGACCGCUAGCCGGUAGUCCUAUUGCCGCGCUCACCUCCGUCGCAGAAGAGGAAGGAUGGGUCAAUCAGCCCGCCCCCGAUCCUACCCCUCUUUCGUCGCCUCCGAGGUUGUCUUCUCCCCUGGGAAGGAGAAUGGACGUUUCCCCUCCUCCCCGAGUCGAUUCCCCGAUGGUCCUUGGUUCUCCGCCUCCUUCGAAGCGGGUUGAGUCUGCGACGAAGCCUUCCCUCACCUCCUCGUCGGCCUCUUCGAGUCAGCUGGACCGGGGUAAGCGACGCGCUUCCCCGUCGUCACGACUGUCCCUCCUGCCUCCUCCAAUCACUCCUCUUGCCCCUCUUCGUCGAACGUCUCCUUCGCGCUUGCCCGCUCGUCCCUCGCGUCAUCGCUCUCCUCCUCGUCGCGUGUCGCCUCCCCCGCCGCGUCGGGGACGUUCCCCCGCUCCAUUGGAACGCGCCUCCCGGCGACGGUCCCGUUCUCCUUCCCCCCGCCGAGACCGUCUCGCGGAACGACAAUCCGAUCGCCGGCGAUCGCCUCGGCGGCUGCAUUUCUCCCCGGUCCGAUACACCCCCCGCGGGAUGAACCGUCCUCCUCCGGGUCAAAGGAUUGACUUCGACGACCGCCGUCGAUUCAAUCGAAGGGAGGAGACGCCUCACGCGCCGACACGAGGGAGGGAAAGGAGCUCUGGGCCUAGUAGGCGUUCGCGAAGCCCCGCGUCGUCUACUGAGCAACGGGCCCCCACGAGACCCGCUACUCCCCCGCCAUUGACGCCCUCGCUACCCCUCGAACAACGACUUGCGUCAGCUAUUCCGGUUCCUCCCCGUCGAUCCCUGCUGGAUAGGCUGGAGCCCUCGAGCCUCCUUUCUCGACUGAAUCCUCCAGAGAUCCCUGUUCUGGAAGAAGGAGAACUGGGUCCCGAUGAAAAGCGCUCAAAGACUUCGUUAUUCGAACGCAUGGGUCUACCCCUCGAGAGCCGGAUCUCGGAAGCAACCCCCCACACGCUCCCGACUCCCCCGACGGCCCCAACCGUUGACGAGCUGCACACGGUCAGCCUACCCUCCGGAGUCCCUCUAAGGACCCGCCUUCCGCUGCACUCCGCCGCCGAGGUGGAUGAAUACCUCCACCAUCCCUUCGAGCGUGACGGAAACGUGCCAGUCCUCCGGCUAAAGGGAGAAGACGAGCUGGGUCCCGCGCCGGUCUAUCCUCAAGACGCGGGGACGCCGCUACCCUCUCCCCAACUCUUGCUAGCGGAGGGCGACGAAGGGUACCUGAGCACGAUCACUUGGCUGCAAAAUCGUGGACCCUGUCUUCUACGUCUGCAGAGGAAGCCGGAGGAUUGGGUUCUGCGGAACCACCGUCAAUGGAAGUCUAACCUCCGAGGUCCUCCUAACUUGGUGAGAGCUGCUAGGACCAAUCCAGCUCGUCCCUUACCAGACGGCGCCAUCGACCCGUUCCGGAACCCUCUCCCGAACGAAAGGGAGAACGAGAUCUGGAGUUUGCGGACGUUCUUGUUUCGAUACAAUUUCGAACGACUAGCGGCAAGGCGGCUACCAAGUCUCCAAGCGGCCACGACGGACGCAGCGCGGGGGGCCAUCUGGGCAGGAGUACGCGACCGUAUUCGACGAGCGUGGGGACAAGGAACGACAACAUAUCCAUCCGCCGACGAGCCGCGUUACUUCGACAGUGACGACGACGUGGUACGCAUGAGGCACUGGUUCGCAAUCGGACGGCUCAUGCUCGAAUGGAACCUACGGGACGACAUCGCUCAAGACCUGCGACUCGCGAUGGGGGGCACUGUUAUGGAUGCGGUAGAGCGCAUCAAGGCUGCGUACGCUAACGUAUAUAGGACUACCUUCGAUAAUCGCGACCCGCAGGCUUUCUCAUCUCGCGCGCGUCCAGCAAUUAGACGCCAGACCUUCUUGAACUCCUACCACACUCGUCCGUGUGCGAUACCGCACCGUCCGAACCAGGAGGUAAGUCCCCAGCCGCGCGAGCUCCUCGCUCCUCGGCGCCCAGCGCGAGCUCCUCGCCGCUCUGAGGAGAAGCUCCUCGCUGUCUCCUACCCCAAGAGCGGCUCCUCGCCGUCUUGGCCUCCUGGGCUCCUCGCUGCAGGCACGCUUUCACCUCGCGGACCUCACCUCCGCCUCCUCGCUAGUGCACGUCGGUAUACGUGUCGCGGCGGCUCCUCGCCAACCCGACCGUAUAUCUCAGGCCGGCUCCUCGCCAGCACACGACCUUCACGACCCACUUACGACUCGGUCGCGGAGCGACCACCAACGUUCGAGCCGCCAGGCAGCCCGUUCCCUCCCAGUGCGAGUAGACGAAACCUCCGUCUCUCACAGCCGCAUGGCGAGCAUCCUCAGUCAGUGCCUGCCAACGUCAAGCAGGAGAUCAAAGAGGAAGACAUGGACUGGCGGAGGUCGACCAGUGAGCGGCCCGUCUUUCGCGCACCACUGACUCCGGAGUACAUCGAAGGCAACAGCCACCCGUUGAGUACAUACGGGCCGUGUGGCCAGGAGGCGGAUGCCGUACCGUUUGUCAAGACCGAGCCUGCAUACGACUCCUAUUCCUCUUAUCAGGGCGCCGGCGUGUCCGGUGGUUGUGACUAUACUGACGAUAACCUCGGGCUCAACGAGGAUGAGUACGAGUAUGUUCCCAGUGACACGGCUAUCGGCUUUGCACCUACUCCGUACAUGGCUGAGGACGGAUCGCAUGUACGUACGCAGCCGUAUGCGUAUUACGCUUUGCCCCCGCAGUCGCCCGACGAGGACCCGUACGAGCAAGAUUACUACGUAGCCAUGCCGCCCAGGCCGAUCCACAACAAUCGCUCCUACACACUCGAGAACGCCAUGACACCGGUUACUCCCGUCACGAAGUCUCCUGAGCCACCCGCGCCAACGGUCCCCUCGCACCGAGGCCGCCCCAUCAUGGACCACCUCCCCUUCCCGGGAGAUGUUGCUGCGAACCCAACUCAGAGUCAGACUCCUGCCAGUCAGACUGUCCAAGCUGUGACUGCAACACCGAGCGUGCAGCCUGCCAACUCCAUGUCGCAGAAAGCCGGCGGUGCUCCGAAAGUCUCGAGCUCACACGGACAGCCGAUCCGACGCGGGCGCGGCCGCCCCAAGAAGCACCCUCUGCCCAGUCGCUCCUCCCCGCCUCCGCCGGUCAACUACCCUUACCCCUUGCUUGACGCGCCCGUGCAGCCCCUGCCCGCCCCCGGGUACGACGUUCGACCGCAGCGGCGCUGGAUGGACUCGCUCACACCGCCCGAACUUUCGGACGCGCCCGCGAACGCACAGCCGCAGAUGUCGCUCGACGAGAUCCUGCUCCCGGAAGGCGCGGAGCACCCGGGCCAGCAAAUGUUCAGGCUCACGUCGCCCGGCACUGCGAAAGAUCCCGUCAAGAAGAAGCCCAUCAUGGCCUGCUUGUUCUGCCGCCCAAUGUGCGCGUCGGAACUUCGUGUGCGAAUAUCCGAAGGAGUCGCGUCGAGGCUUGCACAAGCGCUUUCCGCGCGCCACCAAGGCGAAGGAGCAAACCAGGGCGUGGAAGGAGAUACAGCGAGCUCGGAUUCUGGCGUGGACGCAGACGUCCAGAUGGGCGAGGCGGAUGCACCUCUCCGACUGCCGUCGCCACCUGUGAGACCUCCCACUUCCGACGUGCGCCGAUGCUCUGGGAAGGACCGCCAGCGCUCGAACACUGCCAACUCGUCCGACUCGUCCGACACACCAUCGUCCUCCCAGCCUGUCUCUUCCGACCCUGCACCAUCCCAGCCUGUCAUCUCUGCGUCACUGAAUGCUGCCUCUGAGUCGCCACUUGGAUCUCAGGCCAGGUCGCCCCAAUGUCCACCUGACACCCGACCAACCCAGUAUGCACAGCCACUGCGAUUACGGCACGAGAUGCCACAGCCAUGGCUAUCGGCUCGUCAGCAAGCCUAUGACAAGAUCGGCCCUGCGCAGAGGAAAUCAAGUAUCCACGAAGCCCAGAAGCAGAUCCAACACUCCAUUGGACUCUCACUGUGGUUGAAGCCAGCGACCGAGGCAGUAGAGAUCACCUCGGUUCACGUCACAACUCACCCUGCGUUCCGGCUGAGCGACUACCCCACCUUCUGCGAUAUGCUCUGUCCUCCCCAGUCCAGCUCGCCCUUCGUUCAUAUCUACGACCCGAAGACGAAUAAGUGGUCUAUUAUCGCAGCCGAUAGCUAUCGCCAAAUCACUGGGGGUGAGACGAGCCUCCUCCUCCGAACGAUCCCUUCGCUCGCUGCUCCCGACUUCGACCCGAUGGAGUACUAUCCCGGUAUGUCCGAGGCCAUGCAGGCCCUCCGCAGGAAGCGAUCCUUUGCGACUGUCGAUGACCUGCUCCCAAUGUCAUCGAACUCGGCGGGAUCUGCGAAGCGUGCUCGUCUGGACUCCGAGUCGGCAAUCGCACCACAAGCUCCCAGCCCACUCCGUACUUGCUCGUCGCCUGGCCCUGGUCGUAUCACAGAGCCUGAUGGGCACUUCCCGAGGGUCUCACGAGCUUCGCUCUCUUCCGAUUGGAGGGCCCUUCGUUCUGGUGUGACUGGCGACAUCCCCAGCAACACUCUGCCAACCAUCGACGAAGAACUGGUCACAGAGGGUGCCGAGUCGUCGAUGGGUCGUUUAGUAAGUAGCCUCUCCAGUGUGACCCUCUCCGUGCCGACGAUCCCAACCGGUUUCAAGGCAAGGUCGUAUGGUUCAGACGACCUGUCGUUCCCGAAGAGUUUGCCCUUCACCGAUAUUUACAACGGGCUCAUUAAGGUUCACAACCUUACGUCGCAGAGGGUUCCUCAAGUCGGUCGAGCAUCUGCAUGUUCGCUCGCCUGGCCGAAGUACGAGUGGCAGAAGAAGCGAUGCAAAGGGUAUGACGAUGCUCGAGCCGAUCUCGGGCGCGGGGAUGCCGAUAUCUGGCAGCGAUGCCUCAACACCCCGAAUGCACUCUGGGGCGACUACACUCGCUAUUUGGGAACACUUGGUCGGUCCAGUGCCAAGCCUCUGCAUUUCCCAUGGGACCAGACAGCAAACGAACCUCCGACUCCAUCUGAGUCCGUCGAGACCACCAUUUUGUCCCUACCUUCCACUGUCGCUCAGGCGAACCAGCUGCUGUCGUCGAUUUCCGAUGUCGCCCAGGCGAACGAUACGUCACCUCCUUCUCAUGCUCGGGCGCCGAGUGAGCCUCCUCCUCCCCCGAUGAUCGCUCGGGUGAAUGAUUCACCGCCAGCCUCGCCACCAGCCGUAAAUGAGCUGCCUCCUUCGCAGAUCACUUGGGCGAGCAAGCCACCUCCGUUGGCCCAGGCAGACGAGCCACUCGUACCUCCUUCGCAGAUUGUUCGGGCGAGCAAGCCACCUCUUCCCUCGCAGAACCCUCAGGCGAACGAGGUGCCAUCUCCUCCGAUGAUCGCUCAGACAAACGAUCUACUGCCUCCUACGAUGGCCGCUCAGCUGAGCGAGUCGCUACCUUCUUUGCAGAUAGCUUGGGCGAGCGAGCUGCCUCCGUUGAUGUUGGCCCAGGCAGAGCUGCCGUCUCUUCCGAUGAUUGCUCAGACGAACAACCCACUUCCACUGCCUCCUUCGAUGGUCAAGCUUCUGGCGGGCGACAACCCUCUUCAACACGUCAACCCCGUGUACCCUUCCUUUGAUCCUGAGGUACCAUCGUGGGAUGCUGCAGCCCCUAACGUGCACGGCAUACUACGGGCCAAGUGGCUGGUACCAGGACCCUGUGCUGGAUCCGAUCAUCCCCAGCUCAAUUGAAUCAUAUACCGGUAUGUCCCCCUGAGCCUUAGCCAUAGUCACUUCGCCACAGUGAUGGCGUACAGACCUUGUUCAGUCAAUUCCCGGCGACUUAGCAGAAUAUCUCGGAGACCUCGCAAUACCUCAGGAUUUGAGUACAUCUGUGCCCGAAAGUGGUUCUGCGACAAAGCCCCCUGGCUGGGUGAGUAAUAGCGUGUCCCUUCGGUGGAACCUGCAGGCCAGUACAUACAGACCGGCCA